AUGGUUUGGACCGCGUUUUCCAAAGCCUUCGUUGGCCUCGCCGUGCUCGGCCAUCUGAGCACUGCCUACGCUGACGACUAUCACCCCAUCGAUGCGCCCGCGGACUCCGUCGAUUCGCUCGACGACGAACCUCGCUUUGUCCAAUGCUACUCGGAGCCACUGAGUCCAGGUAUUGUUGAUGACGCCAGGGACUUCUACAUGAACGCCUCGACGAUGGGCAGCAACGCCGCGCAAAAAGACAUCAAACGCAUUACGGUCAAAACGAUUGCCGUCAACUUCCAUGACAUGGGCAACUCGGCCGAUGACAAGCUCACUGCAAGUAUCCAUAAGCAGUUUAAGUUACUGCGUGAUACCUACAAGGAGUACGGCUUCAACUUUGAGCUGAAUGAAAUCUUGCACUACAACAACCCAUCCUGGUCGCAGUGUUCGGUUCAGGGCGACUUCGCCCCUAAGCAUCCGCCUUGCAAGUCUGUUACGCGUGCCUUGCGCAAGGGCACCUACCAGACCUUGAACGUUUUCAUUCAUCGAGGUCUGCUGGUUAAAAUAGCAGCCACGAACAUCUCGGAAAGCAGGCUGUUCAAGCCUAUCAAGCUUGGCAACUCACAACUCAACCACCGCAUCGCCAUGGCACCCCUGACCCGCUACCGCCACGACAAGAACCAUGUUGCGAUGCCUUUCGUACCCAGAUACUACGGCGAACGCGCCUCGACCCCGGGUACUCUGAUCAUCUCUGAGGCUACAGGUGUUUCCAUGCAGGACACCGGAGUGCCACAAGGUCCCGCCUUUGUGACGGACGAACAGGUCGAGGCAUGGAGGAAAGUUAUUGCUGAGGUCCACGCCCGCAAGGGCGUCUGGUUUCAGCAAAUCUGGGGACAGGGCCGAGCCGCGGACCCGGAGUACCAAAAGGCGCGGGGUUUCAAGUACAGAUCAUCGAGCGCCGUCCCGAUGGAGCCCGAUGCUGCCAUUCCCGAAGAGAUGACGGAGGAGGAGAUCUUGCAGUUCAUUCAAGAUAUGGUCGACACAGCAAAGAGGGUCAUCUCGGCAGGCGGAGAUGGCGUCGAGAUUCACUCCGCCCACGGUUAUCUGCUGGAUCAGUUCCUUUCAGACUCAGUCAACAAGCGUACCGACAAGUGGGGAGGGUCCGUCGAGAACCGAUCGCGACUCACUCUCGAGGUUGUCAAGGCGGUUGUCGAGGCCAUCGGAGCCGAGAAGGUGGCCAUUCGAUUGUCACCAUACGCAUCGUUCCAAGGCGCGGAGUCGUCAAACAUCCACGAACAAUACACCUACAUCGCCAAGGAGCUCAAGAAGAUGAACGCGCCUUUUGCCUACCUCUCGCUGGUUGAGGCCAGAGGCGACCCCGCCAAGCUCUUGACAGUCAACGAAGACCCCUCGAUCGACCAAAAGACGCUGGACUUCAUCCUCGAUAUCUGGGACAACUUGUCUCCGGUCAUCGUGGCCGGUGGCUACACCGCGGACACGGCAGCGAAGGCGCUUGAGACGCACUACGCGAAGUGGGACGUCAUUGUUGCUUUUGGAAGAAGUUUCCUUGCAAACCCCGACUUCGUCUGGCGAGUCAAGAAUGGUAUUGAGUUGAACAAGUACCACCGACAGUCGUUCUACAUCAAGGGUUCGGAGAUCGGCUACAAUGACUACCCCUUCAGUUCGGAAUACGUCGAUGCUCAAAGAGAAUGGGCUCUGAAGAAUCUGGAGGUGGCCAGCAAAUAG